CUCUCUUUUGCUUUCUUACUAGCUCACAAUUCUCUCUCUUUUUCUCUCUCUCUCUCUCUUAGAAAAAAAUGGAAUACAAAGGCCAAACUGCAAUAGCAUCACCACCAGCAAAUACUGUUCCCACUGCAUACUCUUACUCUCCAUCUAAAGCCGCCUCACUUUCACCUCAUGCAGCUCAAUGUUCUCCUAGUUUUCCUUCACCACCUUCUAAAUCAUCUCCACCUCCAAGUCUUCCUCCAUCUCCUCCUACUCCACCACCUCAGGUUGUUCUCAGCCCUUGUGCUGCCUGCAAGAUUCUUCGCCGCCGAUGUGUGGAGAAAUGUGUCUUAGCUCCAUACUUUCCUCCAACUGAUCCACUCAAAUUCACCAUCGCUCAUAGGGUGUUUGGAGCUAGCAACAUCAUCAAGUUGUUGCAGGACCUUCCAGAGACUCAAAGAGCUGAUGCAGUAAGCAGCAUGGUUUAUGAAGCAAAUGCCAGGAUUCGAGACCCGGUCUACGGCUCUGCUGGUGCAAUUUGUCAUCUUCAAAAACAACUUAGUGAGCUCCAAGCACAAUUGGCUAGAGCUCAAGCUGAGAUCGUUAACAUGCAAUGCCAACAAGCCAAUUUAUUAGCCGUUCUUUGCAUGGAAGUGUCACAAACUCAAGAGUGCAGCCUUCAGCAACAACCUUCUUACACUGAUACAAGCUGUUUUUUAGACGAUAACAGUUUGGGCUCAACUUGGGAACCUCUUUGGACAUGAACAGAGAGAAGAAUAAAAAUUUUCUAAUUAUAACUUCCAAGUGGGGAUGAGAUCAUGAAGAUUUACAAAUAAAUUAAGUGAUGACUUAUGGUAGAUAUGAAUCAUGAUUUCGUUUCUAUAGUCAUAAUUAACAAGUGGAACCUUUUUCCCUACUAGUAAUUUUACAAACAAAAAGAGUCAAAGAAAAGAGGAAAAAAAAAAUGUAUGAAAUUAAGGAUGUCCUUGUUCUAUGUCUGUGCUAGCUAAUUCUUGAGUCAAACAAUUUCUGGGUGACCUAAUCUUAUCUUCUGAAAUGGAUAUUUAUAAGUUCCUUGUCAAA